AUGGUCAAAUUUUUUCAACAUACGUUCAAAUAUGAAUAUAAUUGGGAUAGCGUAACGUUAGCUUUUUGGUUACGUUACCCUAAUCCUUUUACUUCACACGUUGAAAGUGUUGAUGUGAUCGAUAGAUAUGUUGAUCCAAAUACAGGUGUAUUAAGAACAACGAGAUUAAUACUGAAACGUGGGGUGUUGCCAAAGUGGGGAAAGGGACUCAUGAAAACCCCUGAAGCGUACAUUAUUGAAGAGUCCAUGGUUAAUCCUAAGACUCAAACAAUGAUUACUCUCACAAAAAAUAUAACACACGCUCGAGUAAUGCAAGUUGAAGAAUGGCAAACUUAUCGAGUCGAUUCUAAUAAUCAUGAAUUUACACAAGUUAAAACUGAAGCCAGAAUUAUUAGUAAUUUGGGAUGGGGAUUGACGGAUCGUCUUGAAGGGUUUGGAAUUAAGAAAUUAGCUGAUAGCACUGCGAAGAGUCGAAAAGGUAUGUCACAUGUUUUAGAGAUGAUUCGGGAGAAACAAUUAUUACGUGGUAGAGGAUUCCUGACUAGUACCUAA